CCUCCGCAGAACUAUAUGGUUGGUCUGCAAGUUCCAUCAGUUGGAGAGAAAGACUAUCCCAUUUUGUUCAAGAAUGGAACUCUGAAGAUUGGAGGAGAAAGAGAACCUGUUCCCCGGCCCAAAAAAUGGCCAAUUGCUAACAUUCUGGCCCCAGGAGCUAAUAACGUUCCUGAUGCUUUCAUUAUUGGUGGGCCCUAUGAGGAAGAAGAAGGAGAACUCAACCACCCUGAGGACAGGGAAUUUAGGAAUCAAGCAGAGUGCAUAAAGAAAAGGAUUAUUUGGGACUUGGAAAGUCGCUGCUACCUUGAUCCUCCUGCAGUGGUCAGUUUUCAGAAGCGAAUUGCUGAUUGCCGAUUUUGGCCCGUAGAGAUCACAAGAGUUCCUCUGACUACUGUACCCAAAGGGAAAGCUGCAAAAUUUGAUAAGACUGAUGAUGAAAAUCAGCUUUCAUUUCAUGGUGUGGCUUAUGUAAAUAUGGUCCCAUUGCUGUAUCCAGGUGUGAAGAGGAUUCGGGGAGCUUUUCAUGUUUAUCCUUAUGUAGAUAGUACAGUCUAUGAAAAGCUCGUUGAGCAUGAGGUCAAGGAUAUGAUUCCUCCAAGGCCGCCUCUUACCCGUCGGACAGGAGGAGCUCAAAAGGCGGUGAGUGACUACCACAUGCAGAUCAAAAAUAUUUCUAGAGCCAUUCUGGAUGAGUAUUACAAGAUGUUUGGAAAACAGGUGGCCAAACUAGGGAAUGACAUGGAUAGUGAAACCCUAGAGGAACAGAAGUGCCAGCUCAACUAUGAACUUAACUGCUCUGGAAAAUACUUUGCUUUCAAAGAACAACUCAAGCAUGCUGUAGUAAAGAUUGUGAGAGAGAAGUAUUUGAAGACGACAUCGUUUGAAAGCCAGGAGGAACUGCAGACAUUUAUCAGUGAGCUCUAUGUGUUCUUGGUGGACCAGAUGCAUGUGGCCUUAAACCAGACCAUGCCAGAUGAUGUCCAAGGUGCUGUUUCAACCAUUUGUACAAGCAAUGAACAGCUUCGACUCUUUGCAUUUGAAGCAGAAGUCAAUGAGAACUUUGAAAUGGCAGCAGAGUAUUAUGAAGAGAGGUUGGUCCGUGAGCCCCAGAACCUGGAACACUGGCUGGACUAUGGUGCCUUCUGCCUCCUAACUGAGGACAACAUCAAAGCACAGGAGUGUUUUCGGAGAGCCCUUUCCCUGAACCAGAAUCAUAUCCACAGCUUGUUGCUGUGUGGUAUCCUGGCUGUCUUGAUGGAGAACUAUGAGCAGGCAGAAAUUUUCUUUGAGGAUGCUACUUGCUUGGAGCCAACGAAUGUUGUAGCCUGGACUUUACUUGGUUUGUACUAUGAAAUUCAAAACAAUGAUAUUCGAAUGGAAAUGGCAUUUCAUGAAGGCUUCAAACAACUUCAGGCACAAGUGACGAAGCAGGGGAGCACUGGUACUGUAGAAUACACUGAAGAAGGAGAGAAAGUAGAAUCCAGUUUAGGCCCUUGGGGAAUCCCUAAUGGUGCUGCAACAGCAGUGAAAGUGGAAGCCGCAGCAGGACCAAGAGACCCAUCAUACAUUCUAGAUGAUAUUCUUGAAGAAUCCUCCAAACUGCAGUCUGGUUCACAAGAACACAUUUUGUCCCUACAAUCUCAAGAUCCAACUAUCAACCAAAAACCAUCCAAUAUACUUCUCAAAGAUAUACCAGCAAAGAAAGAACCAUCAAAACGUCAUGAUUCAUCAACCUUUUUGCAUCCCGGCCCUUAUGGUGUUUCCCAAACUCCUGCCACUAUCUUCAUGGAGACCAUACGCUUCUUGAUGAAGGUCAAUGCUGUGCAGUAUGUGCACAGAGUGCUUGCACAUGAGCUGUUAUGCCCUCAAGGAGGUCCCAGCUGUGAGUAUUACUUGGUGCUGGCCCAGACACACCUUCUCAAGAAGGACUUUGCCAAGGCCGAGGAAUGCCUUCAACAAGCAGCCCAGAUGGACUACCUGAACCCUAAUGUCUGGGGCAUGAAGGGCCAUCUCUGUUUUCUAAGUGGAAAUCAUGCUGAGGCCAAGGCAUGCUAUGAGCGAACCAUUAGUUUUGUAGUGGAUGCUUCUGAGAUGCACUUCAUCUUCCUGCGACUGGGGCACAUCUAUCUGGAAGAGAAAGAGUAUAAAAAGGCAAAGCAAACCUACCUGCAAGUCUGCAAGAGAUCACCUUCAUGCCUUACCUGGCUAGGACUGGGAAUCGCCUGUUAUCGGCUGGAGGAGUUCACAGAAGCCGAAGAUGCUCUCUCUGAAGCCAAUGCAUUGAACAACUACAAUGCUGAAGUAUGGGCAUAUUUGGCUCUGGUCAGCCUCAAAGCUGGACGGGAACUGGAAGCUGAGCAGGCCUACAAGUACACAAUGAAGCUGAAAUUGAAAGAUGAGACUCUGCUUGCAGAGAUCCACACGGUACAGGAGACAGUUGGCUUUGGAAAUCCAUCUUUCUGACAUCCUUCCAGCUGAAGAAUAUUCUCUAUGGGACUAUGAGCUUCUUUCCUUCCCAGAGAAAUUAAACCCUGGAUAUUUCAUCACAUGAGGACUGGGAAUGGACAACACCAUGAACAGAAGCUCAUUCAUUUAUUUCUAUGGACUUACUGGAUGUUUUACAAGUGACAGUAAAUUAGAUGACAAUAAAAAAUAGAUUAAAAAUUAA